AUGGAAGAACAAAAUAUUUUACCGUUUCCAUAUGAAAUAAUUGACGUGACGUCAGAAGAGCAAGAACAAAUAAAUAAAGUUUAUGGAUCUACCAUCAAUAUCUACCGCUUGUCUCGUGUUGGACCCAAAAAAUACGUAGUAUAUGAAACUUACAAGAAAGAUGCUGCUGGUAUCUACAACAUGCCACUGAGACCAACAGAUGUAGUCGUUGCCAGUUAUCAACGAUCUGGUACAACUAUGACUCAAGAACUUGUUUGGUUGAUUAAAAAUAAUUUGGACUAUUCCACGGCGGCAACGGUACCACUUAAACGCAGAUAUUCAUUUUUAGAAAAUUUUAUGUUCUAUGAUACCAAUCAAUUAGAUGCUUUCAUGAAAAGUAUGGAUUGUAAUAUGGAUAACAAUGAUUUGAAAGAAAUAUUGACGGUGUGUGCUGAGCCAGUAAGUAAAAAACUUGCAACGAUACCCGAUUCAACUCCUCGCUACAUCAAAACUCAUUUACCACUGUCUUUGCUGAACCCUAAGCUUUUGGACACUGCAAAGGUAGUGUACGUCGCAAGGGAUCCUAGGGACGUAGCCGUGUCGUCCUAUCAUUGUGCGAAGUUAUACAAGAUUAUACGUUUCCCAGGUGGUUUCAAGGAAUUUUGGAACUUAUUUUACAAAGGCCUGUAUAUCUACUGUCCUAUUUUCGAACACGUCAAAGAAGCAUGGGACAAAAGGCAUCAUCCUAAUAUGCUGUUCCUGUUUUAUGAAGAAUUUUUAGAAGACUGGGCAGGCUCUAUACGCCGCGUUGCCGAUUUUUUAGGUCGAAGUUUAGUACCAGAAGAAGUACAAGAUUUGUGCAAGCAUCUAAAUAUUGAAAACUUCAAGAAAAACAAGUCUGUAAAUCAUGCGGAGUUAAGACAACAUGGAAUGCUUGAUAAUAAUGAAUUAUUCAUCCGAAAAGGUAAGGCAGGCGGAUGGCGCGAGUACUUCGAUGAGGAAAUGACAGAACAGGCUGAACAAUGGAUCAAAGACAAUCUACAAAAUACAGAUUUACGCUACCCACAUUUUAAGAAACAUUUUUUUUAA